AUGGAUGAAGUUUCUAUCGUGAAAUACCUUGUUGAAAUGGCUGGAGCUGAUGUUAAAGUCAGGGAUGAUAACGGGUAUACAGCAACCGAGGCCGCUUUAAAAGACAGAAAACCGAGCAUUGCAACAUAUUUGUGCGGUUUGUCUGAAGCAAAAGCAGAACUUGGUAAAUUUGACACUGACAGCAGAAACAAAGACAGUCAGACCGUGUUAAUGUGGGCUGCAAAACUUGGGGCAAUGCCAAUCGUUGCAUAUGUUAUCAGAGAAGGUGCAGAAGUCAAUCUUAAAGAUAAUGUUGGCAAUACUGCGUUAAGUUUUGCUGUGAAUUCCAAGAAGUUUGAAGUGGCCCACUACCUGUUUCUUCAACCGGGUAUAGAAGAUAGCAUGAUUCAGGCAGCAGAAAUGGGACAGUUAACUGUUGUUAAGUAUGCAGUACAACAUGGACUGGAUAUCAACUACAUAAACGAAAGUGAGUGCACGGCUUUGAGUGUGUCCCUACGAAGUUAUAUGACAAAGUUGAAGUCGGUGGCCGACUACUUGUGUACUCAGCCGGGUAUAGAAGUCAGUAUGAUCCACGCAGCAAAGAUGGGACAGGUAUUCGUUGUAAAAUAUGCAUUGGAAAAAGGACGAAAAAUAAGCUAUGUUGGGAAGGGAGGCGUCACGAUUUUAAGUGCGGCUUUGAACAACAGGAAGACUGAGGUUGCUGCUUACUUGUGUCGAGAACAUGGUGCAGGUGCUGCUCUCGGCGAUUUCGCUAUUGAGGGGAAAUGUGUUGAUGGUCAAACAGUUCUAAUGUGGGCUAUCCGCACGGGAGAAGUUUCAAUUGUCAAGUAUCUCGUAGAAAUAGCCGGUGCUAAUGUCGGUUGUUUAGACGAAUUUAAGAACACAAUUCUGGACGUUGCCUUGAAAAUGUUACUUGCUCCCUUCGAGCAUCAGCAACAGAAGAUUGAAGUUGCAGAUUAUCUGUGCAGUUUGGCGAACUUGAGAUCAGAUAUUCAUCAUGAGAAAUUUGCCGUGAACUCAUUUGAUGAUAACGGUCGAACAGUACUGAUGUGGGGUGCGAUAAAAGGAAAAAUUAACCUUGUGCGAUAUGUUGUUGAGAAAGGUGGCCCAGUGAUCAACAUAAGAGAUGCAAAAGGGGGGACGGCACUUAGUCUAGCUAUGGAGUCACGAAAUACCCAUAUUGCUAGGUAUUUGUGCAGUCAGCCUGGUAUUGAGCUAAGUGUGAUCUACGCUGCAGAAACGGGAAAGUUGGCCGUUGUAAAGUAUGCGGUGGAACAGGGAUUGGAUGUUAAAUUUUAUUUGGAUGAAAAUGACAAUAGUGCGAUCGAUGCUGCUUUGAGUAGGAACAAUACUGAGGUUGCUGAAUAUUUAAGGAAACUGUAUAAAUAG